GUGCGGCUAGUAGUAGCUGACGUGGCAUAUUUUUCUUCUUGACAUUCGCUUAUUUGUAGCAAACCAAUGCGCUAUCAUCCAUCCAUUUCUCUAUCUUCUUCUCCUCCUCCCUGUUUCUUAUUUACUGUCUGCCCUUCUGGAUAGAGUUAUCCAUCACACAAUUCAUGAACGUCGACAGGACCAUCUUCAACUUCAAAUCACUACCAUGAACGCAUUUUCCACUGAUUUCAUCCCCCAAAGUCUCCACUCCACCUCCUUAGCGACGCAGCCCGCUUCACAUUCCCUUCACUACAGCGCAGUAUCAGUGGGUUUCAGCAGCAUAAAACCUAGCUUCAAUGGCGGCAACGGCUACUCCAGAACUUCACCGAGGGGCAGUCUAUCAUCGAAGACGACUCCGAGUCCGACGCCGACCCAUCUCCCGCCUCCUGACUGCAAGGAAACCCAUAUGGCCAAACUGCUCAACCGGUCCCGAAAAGCGGGCAAGUACAACGAAUGCCUCUAUUUCCUUGAGUGCAGCGUCGGCAAAGGCUUCGCGCCUGACGUGGUCAUGUGCACGAAGCUGAUGAAAGGGUUCUUCAAUGCCAGGAAGUUCGACAAGGCCGUGAGGGUGAUGGAGAUCUUGGAGAAGUACGGGAAGCCUGAUGUUUUCGCUUACAAUGCUCUGAUUAGUGGGUUCUGUAAAGCUAAUCAGAUUGACAAGGCCAACAAGGUGCUCGAUAGAAUGCGUAGCAGAGGGUUCUCUCCUGAUGUUGUCACUUACAACAUAAUGAUUGGGACAUUCUGCAGCAGGGGGAAGCUCGAUUUGGCUUUUAAGGCGUUCGAGGAGUUACUGGAGGAUGAUUGUGAGCCAACUGUGAUUACAUACACUAUUUUGAUUGAAGCCACCAUUCUCGAAGGUGGGAUUGAUGAGGCCAUGAAGCUCUUAGAUGAGAUGUUGGCGAAAGGGCUUCAACCGGAUACGUAUACUUACAAUGCUAUAGUUAGGGGGAUGUGCAAAGAAGGUAUGGUUGAUCGAGCUUUCGAGCUUGUUAGGAGCUUGAAUUCUAGGGGAUUUAGGUCGGAUACUGUUACUUACAACAUACUCUUGCGAGUACUUCUUGGUCAAGGGAAAUGGAAUGAAGGAGAAAAACUCAUGUCGGAGAUGCUCUCAAGAGGCUGUGACCCUAACAUUGUUACUUACAGCAUAUUGAUUAGCAUGUUAUGCCGUGACGAGAAAGUUGAUGAAGCAGUUCACUUGUUGAAGACCAUUAGGGAAGAAAAGGGUUUGACCCCUGAUGCUUAUUGCUAUGAUCCGUUGAUUUCUGCUUUCUGCAGGGAAGGGAGACUAGAUAUGGCAAUCGAGUUCUUGAACUACAUGAUAUCCGAUGGUUGCUUGCCAGAUAUUGUGAAUUAUAAUACGAUAAUGGCUGCGCUAUGCAAGAAUGGGAAUGCGGAUUAUGCUCUGGAGAUUUUCGAGAAGCUUGAUGCUGUGGGUUGUCCACCAGAUGUCAGUUCAUACAACACCAUGUUCAGUGCCCUGUGGAACUCUGGAGACAGGUAUAGAGCUUUGGAGAUGAUUCUGGAAAUGCUUGGUAACGACAUUGGUCCAGAUGAAAUCACUUACAACUCGCUUAUUUCGUGUUUGAGCCGAGAUGGGUUGGUGGAUGAAGCUAUAGGGCUGCUAGCAGAUAUGCAGAGAAGCAAGUGUCGGCCAACUGUGAUCAGCUAUAACAUUGUUCUUCUUGGGCUGUGCAAGACUCGGAGGAUCAGUGAUGCCAUUGACGUGCUGGCAUCGAUGGUCGACAAGGGUUGCCGGCCUAAUGAAACCACUUACACGUUGUUGAUUGAAGGCAUUGGGUUCGCAGGUUCGCGUACUGAAGCAAUGCAUUUGGCUAAUUCUCUUCACUGCAUGAGAGCCAUAUCCGAGGAUUCGAUCAAGCGCUUGAAUAGGAUCUUCCCAUUGCUUGAUGUUUACAAAGAGCUUGCUCAUUCAGAUUCAUAAGAACCUAGUUUUUAAAAAAUCUCAGGUCUCUCUUCUGCAUGCUAACCUUCAGUUUCAGAUUCAUUUCCAUGUUUCUAGAGAGACGGAGCAGGGUUUGUUUGUUUGUUUGUACAUAGUAUCACUGUGUGGAGAUUUUGGUUAGAGAGAUGACUUAUUGAUCUCAGGCUUCUGAGUCAAUUUGCUGGAUAGAUGUUGACCCAGAGCUGCCUCACUAUAUUGUCAGAAGAAGUAGUAGCAAAUGACACAGGUUCCCAUUUACUAGGCCUUUUUGUCCAACCAUGUUUGGUCUCUUCAGUCUCCAUGUUUGCAAAUGAACCUGAAGGAGAAAC